UAGAUCUAUCAAAUGAACCUCUCAGAAUAGUUGCCGAAGCCUUAGCUAGCCAGGCAUUUAACGAAACGUUUGGGAUAGCUAGUAUGUACUAGAUUGUGGGACCAACAGCCAGCUAGUUUAGCUAACGUUAGCUAGCUACUCUUUCACGUUUGUGGCCAGACUAUGGGAGAUCUUCCAGAUGUCCAGAUCACUCCUGAGACUCCAGGGAGGGCAGCUAUCCGUAACCCCUUCGAGAGCCCCAACGACUACCAUCGCCUGCAAGAAUCCGUGGUCCCCAGCCCCUCUGUCUUCAAGUCCUCCAAGACCUCCGGAACCACACCAGCCAAGUUUAAAUGGGACAUAGAUGAGAUGUCUAGCCUGCUCCCUGUGGACAUAGAUGCUGAGGAUAUCCACCGCCAGUCCUUGUACCUCAGUCAGACCAGGAUGGAUUCUGACAUCGAGGAGAAACGUCAGAAUGCCAUCGAGCAGUUUUUCACUAAAGGCGCCAUUGUGCCUUCACCAUGGACCGAACCAACAAGCAAACAGAAAUCAGCACAGAUGCACUUUGGGAAGAGUUCCAUGUCCCCACUGAUACUAGAAGAGCCACUACCAACUAAAAAAACCACAGUAGGCUGCCAGACAGUCCUGUCCUUACCUGUGGACUUCCACCUGGACAAAAUAUUAGGAGAAUACUACAGAUUGAAGGAGGUGUCUCAGCAGGAUCAGGUUCAGGAGACCCUGAGCUCCUCGUCUCUGAGACGGAAGUUGUUUCUGGAUGGCCAAGGGAGUGGCUCGGAGUCCUCCAACCCCCCCAGCCCAGAAGGAGGAGGGGAGGGAGAGCCCCCUGGGGGAGAAGGGGGAGGGGAUAGAGAUUUCCUCUCACCCAUGAGCGCCUCUCCUCUGUCCUGUCCGUUGUCUGGCAUGUCUGCCCUGACCCCCUCCACUGGUCUUUUCUCAUCCAGCCCUAUCCAGGGUCGUUACCGAACCUACAGCCUGGGAAGUGUCACCAGCCCCCUGUGCCCUGAGCGGUCUUCUCCUGCUGGCUUCCAGUCCCCUGCCCUGUCCCCCAUCGGGCCACAGUUCACACAGACACCCAUAGCAGGAGAGAGGAGGAAGCUGAGCUUCGUGACCCCUGAAGGUGUUCCCCUAGACAUGGACAUCAACUCCUGUACAGAGAGCCCCUAUGUAGACGGCUGUUCCCCCAUCCGCUUCUGCUCCUCCCUCCAGCCCCGGGCCACCCAGGUCAACCCUCAGCUCAGACCCAGAGCCCGCUGCUGGGCCUCUCCCCCAACCAUCUCCCCCAACCCUUCCCUCCUGGACCAGGGCAAUAUGUGUCCUUCUACUUCACUACCACCCAUGGACAUGGGCUCCUGUUCCCCCUCUCCGGUGCCGUGUUUACCCAGGACCAGUGGGGGUCUGCUGGGGAUGGAGAGGCUGUGUGAGGGGGGUUCGGGGAUGGACCAGCCUCUGUUGGACUCAGUGAAGAUGGAGGAGGAGGUGGAGGAGAACGGCGAGGUGGAAGUGGACCUCCCUGUGGAAGAGGAGGAGGAGGAGGAAGGAGGUGUGACUCCUGUUGGUGUCCGGUUGACCAGCUCCCGUGUGGGGGCGAGCGUGAUGGCAGCGGAGGCGUCUCAUAUGUUUGUGUCUCUGCUAGCUGAAGGAAGCAGCAUCCCUUAUGAUAACAGCAUGCAGGUGGACAGUGGUUACAACACAUACGCUGGCACUGCCAGCCUGAUAGAUGCCAUGAGUUCAGACAGCCAGAGUAAGGAGUCGUUUGACGCAGCACACAACCCCGACGAGGUCUUCCCCCACAGCAGACACACUAAGACCAAGACUGUUUUUCCUCAACACCAUUGAGUGAGCUGAUUGGAGGAGAACACAAGGAAGCCCCUCCCACCUUUAACCUCCCAGCUGAAGCCAAUGAUGUUUUGCCACGUUUUAAAGCAGCCGUGUCGGGGUGUAUUCAUUAGUCGGAUUCUGUUGGAAACCCUUUACUCUAGACAUGGAACCUACCUGAAUUUGUCCAAUAGAAACAAACUGUUGCCAAACGCUUGUUUAGAGUGAAUCGUGUACUGAAUAACACCCCGGCUAAGUGACAAUAUUUAGAUGCCGCCAUUCGCACAAAUGAACCUUGAAAUGAAUUCCUAUUGGCGCUAGCUAUCCCUCGUAGUGGAGUUGAAAUGGCAGCCUAUAUAGUGCACUACGUUGGAGCCCU